AGGUUACUUUCUUCCCAAAUCCCAGUCAGGCAGAUCUAAUUAAUUCAUUGAAUAAUUGUGAACAGUAUACAGUAAAGAGUGUGAUUUUGUAGAGAGCCAGAGAGGUCAAAUCGAGUGGCCAAAGGUUGGGUGUCUUGUUUCGUAUUUUUGUGGUGCUGCUGCUGGUAUUGGCUAAGAGGCUUUCAAACAGAAUCCAUUGAGAGAAAAAAAAAAAAAGAUGUAAGAGAGAGAAGAAGGAAACCCCAACCCAAUAAUCAUACUCGUACUUGGGAUGAUAUUGGAUCAUCUCAACCUCAAUUUUCUACAAUAUUAAAUAAACAAUCACCUUCAUUUUUUUUUUCUCCUCUUCAUUUCUGAUCUCAUCCCCAUGGAUCCCUUUGAUUUAAUACGCGAAGGGUUUGGUUGAGGCUGACUGGACAUGCGCUGUUACUACUUUUAAAGUCUGUUUAUGCUGUAGUUAUUUUGUCCAUAUUUUAGUUAAUAAUGAACUUAUCCAAGAAAGGACCCCUAAGGGAUGCAAAGCUAUUAAGCCCAAACAAGGCAACAACUCUGAAUCCAAAUGCAGCAGAGUUUGUUCCUUUUGCCCUCAGAUCAUCGUCAUUAUCUGGAACUACCAGCUCGGUAGAUGCAACAGCAAAGCUUUCUGCUGCUGGAGCUCUUGGGAAAGCAGUUUUUGAUAGAUCAGAAUCAUCCAUUUCAAAUAAUUCUGAUGAUGAGGUACACCAAUACUGGCGAUGUCAGCUCCCUGAUGAUAUCACCCCUGAUUUCAAGGUCAUGGGAGAAGAUGAGUCUCGAGUUCUUGAUGAUCUUUCUUUAGCAGGCUUAUCCAUACAUGAUGACAAUGAAGCCUCCAGGUUUCCUUCUUCUAAAGGAAGUAAAUAUAUUAUAAAUGAGCAGGAGGAAAUAUCUCAACAGCAUGUUAAUGGCAAUAGCUUGGCAGAUAAACUAGGGUUUUCCAAUUCAAGCUACAGGGAGGACCCAUCUUCUGGAAGCUUUUUGAAUGUUCUGGCAAAGCCUUGGGAGGGGCCAAUUGGGAGUGCUGACCAGUGUAUUAGCAGUGGUCAAGAGGGCCUUACUUAUGAUGACAACUCUAUACAUGGAUACUUAAAUGAUGUUUUGGUUGAAAAUGCAAUUGUGGAUGAUACUGAUCUGAAUCCUUUGGAGUUUUUAGCUUCCCUGUUCCCUGGUUUUGCAGCAGAAAGCCUUGCGGAAGCUUACUUUGCUAAUGGAUGUGAUUUACAUCUGACCACUGAGAUGCUCAAUCAGUUAGAGCUUCAAGUUGAUGGCGGUUUCAAUCAGAAUCUGAAUUCAAAGACUCUGUCAGCUCCCAAUCUCAGUGCAAUGGACUACCCUGCACUUACUUCACCAGAUGGCCAGACUGCUUCAGUAAAAUAUGUGGUUGAUAAUGUCCAACAAAGUGGCAAUCCUUACCGAUCAUUUGACAGUGAUGUGCUGCUUUUCAAAUCUGGCUCUUCAGUUCCAUCUGGGGGUGGUGCUAUUGAAUUUGCUUCAGCUGUUAGGAAGUUGGCUUCUCAGGAUUCUGGUGGUAUUUGGAAGUAUGAAAAAAAUGGCUCUGGUGAUGCUGCUAUCGGCUCAAGUAGGACUUCAAAUGUUCUGGCUAGUGAUUACAAUGGUGGACAGGGGAGAGCACACUUUGUUGAUCGGUUACAGAACGUUGGUUCAGCUCGGGCAGCUCCUGUUUGGCUUGAAACCAGUGAUGCAGUUGCAAAUAUGUUUUCAGAGCUGCGGGAAGAGGCUCGCGAUCAUGCAUGCUUACGUAAUGCAUAUUUUGAGCAGGCACAGCAAGCCUAUCUAAUUGGUGAUAAAGCCCUAGCAAAGGAACUAAGUGCUAAAGGGCAACUGCACAACAUGCAUAUGAAGGCUGCUCAUGGAAAAGCUCAAGAAUCCAUUUACCGCCAGAGAAAUCCAGUUGCUCCAGAGGUGCAGGGCAAUGGAAGAGGAAAUGAGAGGAUAGUAGACCUACAUGGGUUGCACGCAAGUGAAGCCAUUCAUGUGCUGAAACAUGAGUUGAGUGUGCUGAAAAGCACUGCCAUAGCUGCCGAGCAGCGUUUGCAGGUUUAUAUUCUUGUGGGGACAGGUCAUCAUACCAGGGGUUCUCGCACUCCUGCGAGACUUCCAAUAGCUGUACAGCGUUUUCUUCUUGAAGAGGGCAUUGACUUCAUGGAAACUCAGCCAGGCCUACUACGUGUUGUGAUAUAUGUUCCGAACUCGAAGAUGCACUUGCGACUUCGAGCUGCCACUUCCACUGCAAACCCAUUGACCCCACGCGCUCACCUCAUCCACUCUCUCCCUCAAUGCUUCUCCAUCCUCCGCCAGGCCAUCGCCGCCUCCGACUUAUCCCUCGGAAAGCGCGCCCACGCCCGCAUCCUCACGUCCGGCCACCACCCCGACCGCUUCGUCACCAACAACCUCAUCACCAUGUAUGCCAAAUGCGGCUCCCUUUCCUCCGCGCGCAAACUGUUCGAUACAACGCCCGACACCAACCGUGACCUCGUUACCUGGAACGCCAUCCUCUCCGCCCUCGCCGCCCACGCUGACAAAUCCCACGACGGCUUCCACCUCUUCCGUCUCCUCCGUCGCUCCGUUGUCUCCACCACGCGCCACACUCUCGCCCCCGUCUUCAAAAUGUGCCUCCUCUCAGCUUCCCCCUCCGCCUCCGAGUCCCUCCACGGUUACGCCGUCAAGAUCGGAUUACAAUGGGACGUGUUCGUCGCCGGUGCUCUGGUCAACAUAUAUGCCAAAUUUGGACUAAUCAGAGAGGCACGCGUUCUGUUCGACGGAAUGGCUGUGAGAGACGUUGUUCUCUGGAACGUCAUGAUGAAGGCUUACGUCGACACAUGUCUCGAAUACGAAGCGAUGCUUCUCUUCUCUGAGUUUCAUCGAACUGGAUUCCGUCCCGAUGACGUCACUCUCCGCACUCUCUCGCGGGUUGUUAAAUGUAAGAAAAACAUUUUGGAAUUGAAGCAGUUUAAAGCUUAUGCGACGAAGUUGUUUAUGUAUGAUGAUGAUGGUUCAGAUGUUAUUGUGUGGAACAAGGCACUGUCUCGGUUUCUUCAGAGAGGUGAAGCUUGGGAAGCUGUUGAUUGUUUUGUGGAUAUGAUAAACUCACGUGUUGCGUGUGAUGGCUUGACUUUUGUUGUGAUGUUGACUGUGGUUGCCGGUUUGAACUGUCUUGAACUGGGGAAACAGAUUCACGGCAUUGUCAUGAGGUCCGGGUUGGAUCAAGUUGUCUCUGUUGGGAAUUGCCUUAUCAAUAUGUAUGUUAAGGCUGGUUCUGUUUCUCGUGCGAGGUCGGUGUUUGGUCAAAUGAAUGAAGUGGAUUUGAUAUCGUGGAACACCAUGAUAUCUGGUUGCACGCUGAGUGGUUUGGAGGAGUGUUCUGUUGGGAUGUUUGUUCAUUUAUUACGCGACAGUUUAUUGCCAGAUCAAUUCACUGUUGCAAGCGUUUUGAGGGCUUGUUCGUCUCUUGAAGGAGGUUACUAUCUUGCCACACAGAUUCAUGCUUGUGCAAUGAAAGCUGGUGUCGUCUUGGAUUCGUUUGUUUCAACUGCUCUGAUUGAUGUCUAUUCCAAGCGUGGGAAGAUGGAGGAAGCGGAAUUUCUUUUUGUUAACCAAGAUGGAUUUGAUUUGGCUUCGUGGAAUGCUAUAAUGCAUGGAUACAUUGUGAGUGGUGAUUUUCCUAAGGCAUUGAGGCUUUACAUUUUAAUGCAAGAAAGUGGAGAGAGAUCGGAUCAGAUUACUCUGGUGAAUGCAGCUAAAGCUGCUGGGGGAUUGGUGGGGCUUAAACAAGGGAAGCAAAUUCACGCUGUUGUUGUGAAAAGGGGUUUUAAUUUAGAUUUGUUUGUCACUAGUGGUGUUCUUGACAUGUAUCUAAAAUGUGGAGAGAUGGAAAGUGCACGCAGAGUUUUCAGUGAAAUACCCUCACCUGAUGAUGUUGCUUGGACUACUAUGAUAUCAGGAUGUGUGGAGAAUGGACAAGAGGAACAUGCUCUUUUCACGUACCAUCAGAUGAGACUUUCCAAGGUGCAGCCUGAUGAGUAUACCUUUGCUACCCUUGUCAAGGCUUGCUCUCUUUUAACGGCAUUGGAACAAGGGAGACAAAUUCAUGCAAAUAUUGUAAAGCUAAACUGUGCUUUUGAUCCUUUUGUAAUGACCUCACUUGUUGACAUGUAUGCUAAGUGUGGAAAUAUAGAAGAUGCGCGUGGUUUAUUUAAAAGAACGAACACGAGGAGGAUUGCCUCAUGGAAUGCCAUGAUAGUAGGAUUAGCUCAACAUGGAAAUGCCAAGGAAGCCCUUCAGUUUUUCAAAUAUAUGAAAUCUAGGGGUGUAAUGCCAGAUAGAGUUACUUUUAUAGGGGUUCUUUCUGCGUGCAGUCACUCUGGUUUGGUAUCUGAAGCCUAUGAGAAUUUUUAUUCCAUGCAGAAAAACUAUGGUAUUGAACCUGAGAUUGAGCACUAUUCUUGUCUAGUUGAUGCCCUUAGCCGUGCAGGGCGGAUAGAAGAAGCUGAAAAGGUGAUAUCAUCAAUGCCUUUUGAAGCUUCUGCUUCAAUGUAUAGAACAUUGCUUAAUGCUUGUAGGGUUCAGGUUGACAGAGAGACAGGAAAGCGUGUAGCAGAAAAGCUUUUGGCCUUGGAGCCAUCUGAUUCAGCUGCUUAUGUUCUUUUAUCCAAUGUUUAUGCGGCUGCUAACCAAUGGGAAAAUGUGGCGAGUGCUAGAAAUAUGAUGAGAAAAGUAAAUGUGAAGAAGGAUCCUGGGUUUAGUUGGGUAGAUUUGAAGAACAAGGUGCAUUUGUUUGUAGCCGGUGAUAGGUCGCAUGAAGAAACUGAUGUGAUAUAUAAUAAGGUGGAGUAUAUUAUGAAGAGGAUCAGAGAAGAAGGCUAUGUCCCUGACACAGACUUUGCACUUGUUGAUGUAGAAGAAGAAGAUAAAGAGUGUUCUUUAUAUUAUCAUAGUGAGAAGCUAGCAAUAGCGUAUGGGCUUAUGAAAACUCCACCAUCCACUACAUUAAGGGUAAUUAAAAACCUCAGAGUGUGUGGAGAUUGCCAUAGUGCAAUCAAAUAUAUAUCAAAGGUUUUUAAGCGAGAGAUUGUUUUGAGAGAUGCAAAUCGAUUUCAUCAUUUCAGGAAUGGGAUUUGCUCUUGUGGUGAUUACUGGUGACAAUUGAAUGUUUCCCUUAACACUAUCCCAUUAUUUAAGUGGGCUUAUGUGAGAGCCAUUAGCUAACCUUCCUUUGGUUGGCUCCUCUUUGUCA